UUGAUUUUUAGCAAGAUAAACUAUUAUUGAAACACUGGAAUAUGUCAAAUCCGUUUUUUGAAUCAUCUGUAUCAACCGUUUUUGAAAAAGCAAGCCUUCAGAGUAUAAAUAAAAGCGACACUUUACUUUCCAAUGUUGAUAAGGAAGAAAAUAAAAGGUUUAUAAACCCAUUUUUUAAGGAAGAGGAGACUUCUGCUAAUUUAGAAAAUUUUAAAAAAAGUUAUGACGACUCAACUAAUAAACAAAUUUUUAACCCGUUUCUUGAGAGAAACAAUGUUGUCAAUAUUCAAUCGACAGAAAAUUCAAAAAAACAAGUUGAUUUUAAAAUCCAAAAUAAUCCAUUUUCAGGAAAAACAUUAAUUAGUUCUCAAUCUAAGAAAAUGCAAAAACCUGCUUCCAUUCAUGUGCCAUCUAGUUUUACUGAAACAACAUACAAAGCUGAUUCAUCAAAAAUUGGUCCGGUUGUAUUUCAAACCAAUCCUUUUAUAGAUCCACUAUUAAAUGAUGAUGUCAGUGUUCCAAUAAAACAAUCUAUAAUAAAAAGACCUGCUAAACCUGCUGUAUCUACUAUGGCGGUGCAGACUUCUCAAAUGAAUCUUUCUUUACAAAAGCUUGCUGACAAGUUAUCUCAGACAAAACGUAUCACUUCUUCUGAAAAGUUUGAAUUUCUUGAUGCAAUUGAUAAAAGUAUAAGAAAAGGUCUUCAAGAUAUUCUCAAACGUACCAAGUCAUUUAAGGGCUGUUGUCAAGAUAUGUGUCCUGAGAAGGAGCGUUAUCUUAGAGAAGUAAGACGACAAGGAAGUCAGUUUGAGUUAAGUGAAUCUUCAAGUAACAUGGAUGUUGUUACAAUUGAUCCUUUUAAAGCUGUUAAGGAGUACAGUCGUUCAUCUGCAGAUCAAGAAGAACCACUGCCACAUGAACUACGUCCAGCACCUGUGUUGAAAUUUACAAUGGAUUAUUUAAUUUGUAAUAUUAUGGAUGAAAAAUAUGUUACUCGAUAUGAUUGGUUUGACUUUGUUUGGAAUAGACUAAGAGCCAUUAGGAAGGAUAUCACUCAACAAAACUUAAAAUGUUUGACAAGCAUUGACUUAAUUGAAAAAUGUGCAAGGUUUCAUAUAUUUUGUUCUCAUCACCUAUGUGAAGAGGAUCUCCAGAUAUUUGAUCCCAAGAUAAAUUUAGAAAACUUAACAAAAUGCCUUCAAACUUUAAAACAUAUGUAUGAGGACUUAUGGAAUGAAAAGGGUAUUAGUUCUCCAAAUGAAGUUGAGUUUCGGUGUUAUCAAAUUCUACUUAAUCUUAACAAUGCUGAUACAUUAAGAGAAGCUGUUUGUUUUCGUGAAGAGGUUAGGAAAUCAUACCAAGUUAAGUUUGCUUUGCAAGUCUUAUUAUCUGUUCAAGAAAAAAAUUAUGUUAGAUUUUUCAAACUUUUAAAGUUGUCUUCAUUUCUCAAUGCCUCUCUUAUUCAUUCAUAUUUCAAUCAGAUGAGACAAGUGGCAUUGAGUAGAAUGACAAAUGCAUUUUGUCUUCCUAAAAUGCCUGACACUGUAUAUUCACAGGAUCGACUUCAAAAUUUGUUAUGUUUUAAUGAUACUAGUGAACUCAAAGGUUUUUGUACCCAUUUCGGACUUUCUGUUGAUAGCGCUUAUGUUUAUUUGAACAGAACUUCUUUUACUAUUCCUGAUGAACAAUUUAUUCGAAGAAAGUCUAGAAUUAUAACAGAAAAAUGUAUUACAUCAAUAUCUGAGGUUAUCAAUGGGGGAGAUCUACCUGAAGAAUAUUUGUAUAUUCCAACAAAUAGUUUUUCAGAUGAUGGCUCCUAUAUUGGCAGUUAUCACAUUUUAUCUGAUCCUCAUAAAAACAUAGAAAAAAUUAUUAUUGAGGAAGAUGAAAAAGAAAUAAAAGAUGAAGUUGUAAGCAAAGAAUAUGUAAGAGGCAUAAAAGAACGGCUUAGUAAAAAGGUUACACAAGAUAAUGAUUCAGAGUUUAUUCCAACCAAAGAUGAUUAUAUUCAAGUAAUAGAAGAUAAUGAGGGAGAAGAGACCAAUGUCUCUCAUCAUUUAAUGAUACUUCGAGAGGACUAUAAAAAGUUUUGUGACACUAUGAUAGAAGAUUUUCUUACAAAUGAAGUUUUUUUUGUUGCAUCUGAGUUUUUACUUGAGAUUAAAGAGUACAUGUCUCAAGCAUUAGUAGCAACUAAUCAAAUGUUAGCUUUUAACUGUAUUGAAGAAUCUCGGGCUAUUGCAAUAGAAGUAAUCAAUGAAGAGAAAGAAAAAGCUAAAAGGUUUCAAAUUGAAGCUUAUGAUGUUUUACUGUCAACCGAAACAUCUAAAUUUUCUGAUUGUUUGGUAGAUGAAUGUAUUCAAAAAAUUCUGGAAGAAUGCUGUAAGCAAAUAUUGAGUGAAACAACUAGUUAUGAAGAAAACAUAUUGAAAUUUGAACUGUGCAAAAUGCAUCAGCAGUGUAUUAUAGAUCAUGUUGUUGAUGAGGAAGUUUUUAAAGUUGCGCAAUUAAUUGUUAAUGAUAUGGCUGUUGAAAGAAAACAAUUGCUUUUAUCUAACUUAAAUAAAUUUCAAUCCAAGAAGCUAAAAAACUGUUUAACAAAAUGGAUAUCAGCAUACACAUCACGUGUUUACUUAAAAAAAACUUUGCAUAAUUUUCCACCGGCUGCUCCACUCUUUGAAUCUGCUGAAACUCUUAUGAAAAAGUUACAACCUUCAUUGAGAGAUAAAUUCCUCAGAAAUUCAGAUGUUGCUUCAUUUCCUAAUUUUAACAAAGAAAUAGAAAAUAGGAUAGGGUCUCUUCACAAACCUAUUGAUCUGCAUGAAAUUGUGAAAAGUAAAAUGGAACAGAAUUUUUGCUCUAAAAAUAAUGUCUGGAAGCUUGGGAUUUUAAAUCUUGAUAACCAACAGUUGCAACGAAAUGUUCAUCUUAUAUCAUCAAGCAUGCUAAGAGAAAAGUUUCGCAAUAUCAACUACAGCGAGGUUGCACCAAGCAUUCUUUAUGAAUCUUGCGUUAAACAUCAAACACACCAAACUCUUGUGAUUGUUGAGUCUAUUUUAGAAAGUGAAGCCAGUGAUUCAAUUUGCGAUUUUUCUGGAUUUAUAUAUUUUAUUGAAAUAAAUGAAAAAGAGAUGCAGGAGGAUCUUUUAAAAGCGAAGUUUUUGAUACAUGACCACCUUCAACGCUAUAAAAAACCAUCUGUGUUGGCAGUUAUUACUAGCACAUUUACACAAUCAUUCGUUGAAAAUGAACUUGAAAUUAGUAGUUUAAAGCAAUCUGGAUAUAAAUGCUGGUGUGUGUUGGUUAAUGACAAAAUAAAACUUGCUGAUAAAGUACAUAGUCAGUUAAAAUCAAUGGUUGAAUGGUUGUUACUAAACUCUUCAUGGGAUGUUGUUACCAAAUCUCUUGCCUCAUACAUUGAAGACUAUCUAUUAUCAUACUUUUUUAACAUGUUUCAUGAGCACAUCUUCUACUGUCAGCAAACACAUUUAUCAUAUCCGUUUCCGAAUGAUGUCAUUCAAUUUUUCAAUGAUACACUUGAAUCAGCAGUAAAAAAUAUGUGUAUGUCAUCAGCUGUUAACCAAGAUGAGUUGAUGAAGCGUGCACGUAAACUGGUUGAAAGCAUCCAUCUUCCCUAUCUAAGUGAUGCAGAAUCAUGUGAUUGGGAAGAAUCUUACUUGUUGCUGAUGGACUAUGUUUCUAAGAUUACUGUUAAUGAUAAAACAGUUUUGGUGCAAAGGUUGAACACUCUUUUAGAUAAUCUAGUUAUAAAACAAAAGGAUAAAGAUUAUAAAGAAAGUUUUCCAUGGUGUAUGGUUUUAGAAGAAUGUAUAAUUCACAGAUUAAGCACCAUAUAUUCCACAAAUGAUUUUUUGAUGAAUGGAUAUUUUUAUGAAGAUAUGAUUUGGAACUGUGGGAAACAAAAUGCUCUAGAGUCCCACAAAAGACAAAAUCAAAAAAUUCGAUCAAUUGAAGCUGAACAAUUCAAAAGAGAAAAAUCUAUCAGAAACCUUAUAAAAGAUAUUGAGUCAACAUUGAAGCCCAUUCAAAACACUUUACGAAAACGUAAAUCAAUGGAGUUUAUUUCUAACACCAUGAUCCAACCAACUUCGUUAGAUGUUUUGAAUGACUCCUCGACUCUUUUAAAAGAUGUUUUUGAUCAAAAGAAUGAGUAUACAAGAAAGCGUAGAGUUUUGACUUAUUAUGUUGAUGAAGAAAUAUAGUUAUCAGAGAAACUUGAG